AUGCUGAAUGCAGACCUGGAGACAAAGGGGUCUAUACCUGUGGCUGCAAGAAAAGAUACCAAGGAGAUGGAUUCCAGUGCACGAAACGUAAGUGCAGCAAAAUGCACAAAUGUUGCAAAGAGAUGGACGGGGGAUAAAUGUGUCAACCGCUGCGCUCCAGAGGAGAUCUGGGAUGACACCAAGAAGAUCUGCACACCGAGGUGCACCGAGUCUCAGUUAUGGAACAUCCCGACCAAACGAUGUGUAGACAGGUGUAAACCUUCUGACAUGUUGAAGAAAGGAGACUGUGUUGCUCGUUGUACUCCACCGAAAUCAUGGGAUCUCAGAUUGAAGAGUUGUACAGAAAAAAUCUGCACCUGCAAGGCUUGGGGAGAUCCCCAUUACCAUCGUUACGACGAUUUUACCAGAAUGAUCGACUUCAUGGGUGUCUGUAAAUACGUCUUCUCCAAGACGACCAACUCUGACGUCGCGUGUUCCUUCUCCAUUGAGGUGAAGAACGAAUAUCGAGGCAACACAAUUGUGUCUUUCGGUAGGAUGAUGGACCUGAAGAUGGGAGGUUUCGUUGUCAGACUUCACAAGGACGGAUGGACUAGGGCCUAA